AUGCAGACAGCACGAGAGUCGAGCAGGCAAAAAAGGAGCAUCAAAAGACGCAACUCUAGAAAGAAAUCCUUGUCUCCGUCGGAUUUAAAAUGUGCUCGUGGAGAUUCGAAAACCGAGAGCAAACUAGGCUGCAAAAGGUCCCUAUCAGAGAGUUCAGUGAAGAUGCGCCAUAGAAAAGGUAAUAUACAGAGGACUUUGACGCACCCACUGUCCUAUAUGGAUGAUAUUCAGGAUGUCAAUAUCGAAGUGAUUUGUAGUGCGAAAGUAGAAAGGUCGCCUGAAAGUGACGAAUCCAACCUGCCGCCAACCAGCAGUGAUAGGGAUACAGAGGACGAUGUGAGAGUCCAGAGGCCAGUCCCUCAACGCCCAAGGUGGGAUUCCGGGAGUGAGAUGGACUCUUUAAUUACGAUCGCCGUGAGAAAAGCAUCAUCAGCACGACGUCGCCGAACGCCUGCAAAUAAAGAUUGGGGCGCCCACAGUGAGCCGGGCGAAGUGAGCGAACCCGAGGCCGGUCGCAUGCGUCCCGAGGACUACCGCCUCGUGUUCCUCAGCUCGGACUCGUCGUGCCGCGAGGACACAGAGGACUCCUCAUCCACGGCGUCUUCUGUAGCACCGCCAGUACCCGACGACUGCGACUGGGAUUAUUUCGAACCCGGAGCAGCGUCAACACAGCCCCUCCCACCACCUCCGCCUAAACAUACGCCACAAGUCUGUCCUAGGACGUGUUCCUGCGGUGCUGAGCCACGCAUAGUAGCUGUACCAGUGCCAGUACCCGUGCCUGUACCAGCUGCGCUUUGGCCGGCCUUACUCGCCUUCCCUACACAAGCGCCGCCCGUGCCUCAUUGGAACACAUAUCCAGGAUUCCCGCCUCUCGAUGCUGCAGCUCUCGCUCGGCUCACCACGGCCGCUGCCGUCGCCGUCACCGCCGCCGCCACUGCCACUACUCUACCACAAGCAAAUAAACUCGAGAUGACUGUCGAACGGACCGAUAAAGCUAUACAGUCUGAAACGUCAGAAGUACCAGAACAACGCGAUAACGAUAACGAAGAUAAGACUAUUGAACGCACAUUGAAACAUGAAUCGUCAGACGACAUCAAGGUGAUUGCCGAGAAAGAUUGCUUGUCGGUAUUGUCGGAGCCAGCGGACACAAUGCCGGGCCACCUUAAUGCCGAGAAUGCUUUCCCAUCAUCGAACGAGUCUGCCAAUUCUAGCGAUUCGGAAGAUGUUGCUCAUAGGAGCUAUGAUCUCAGAAGUGGAGCGCCCGAGGAGCCUGCAACAUCAGAUGAAGACUCUGACGACUCCGGGGGUGGUGGGGGUCAAUUCUCACGAGUGUUCGUUGUUAACCCCGCCGAUUCCUCAUCAGAUUUAGAAGAUAACGCAGACAGUAGUGGUAUCGAUUGUGAUGAUUCCUACGACAAAAAGUCUGAUAGUCUAGAAAUAAUUGCAGCGGAGAUGGUGGAACAAAAUGAGAUCAAUUCGAAUGCUGACUUAAACGAAAGUGUGGCGCAAAACAGUGAUGUCAAUAAGAUCGUAUUACUAAAUUCUUUGAGCUUUACGGGUGAACACCAAGUGGCAUCGUGUAAUAGUGAUGAAGGAAGCAGUGAUGACUGUGUCGGAAGGUCGAAUUUUAUUAAAUUUUGUGACGAAAAUAUGCUUCGAAGUGAAACUUGUGAAAAGUAUAAUAGUUUUAACGCAAGUUGUAGUACCAUUAUAGAUAAUUCCGAUUACAAAAAUAGUGAAGAUAAUAAUCAGUGCAAAAGUACCAUAUCGGAAAAUACGGAAUGCGAUUCAAUGAAUAACAGUUUUAAUUCAGACAACAGUAUGAAAGUAAAAGUGUCGGUUAAGUUACAGGAUGAAAUAUACAACAAUAAAAGUUAUGAAAACCAAAAUAAGCCGUUUGUAAAAGCUUCACCCUCGCCGGAACCAAAACUUGAUGAAACCAAUUCACAAAGUGUAGAAAAAAUAGACCUGUUUAAAGGUAUUGAACGGACGCUCAGUGCAUUAUUGAAGAAAGAAUUACUAGAGGAGCAAGGGGAGGAGAAAACACACGGCGUGUGGCCGGUUUGCACUGAGAUAGAGGGGAGCGCGGGCGCACCUGCCGCCACGGCAGUUUGCCGCUCGCGCACGCCCGGUGCGGACGGGUCCGCGCGCUUCACUAGCCGCGUUAUGAUAACGCAAGGCCGAGUCUCCGUCGUCACGUCAGACACGACGCGGCUCAUGCGGGAUAUUACAGUGCACCACACAAACUCACAAAACGUGUUGGAACCCAAUACUAGUGCUUCAAACUCACAAAACGAAACAAACGAACGAGUUUCCGACGACGAAUCGCCGCAACCUUCAGGCGGAGUGACUGUCGUUAGCAACGCCGACACUCUCUCGGCGGUCGUGUGCCUCGAGGAGGGAUUGGCAGACGACGACUCAUGGGUAGAGGACGUCAGCCAUGACGAAGACGGUACCACAACUUCGGACAGUGAUUCUGGCGAUGAGGCCUCUCUUUCCACUCGAGGGGAGGAUGUUUCGUAUUGUAGACGUUCUUUAGACUUCACUUUACACACGAUCGUCGAAGAAAGUUGCGAGGAAAGCGAAUCGGAAAACAAUACGAAAAAACCGCGACCUAUUUCGGCCACAGAAUUAGAAAAGUACUUUUUCUUUGGCCUAGGUGACGGAAGAAAUGUUCGCGAUGACGACGACCAAGUAUCAGAAACCUCUAGUGUAUGUAGUGAGGGUGGUGAAUCUAUUGUGGACAGUGAACAACCGAAAAGGAGUAACGACAACGAUGAUCUUGUUUCGUCGCGCUUGGAGAAAUACUUCUUGUCCGGCUUCAUGGGCUUUAAUCAGGAGAGGCGGGAUUCUGAUGGUUCCGGUAGUGUUGGUAGUGAUAGUGAAGGUAAACAAAGCCCAGAACAAAGGCGAAAGCGACUAGUGCGCGCUCGGGGUACGCCGCGGUCACAUUCUUCUUCUUUAGAUAAUCUACUGACAGGGGACGAGCCCUCCCAGGACCCACAGGAAGUAUCAGAUGGAUCUAGUACGGAAACAGAGGAUCGACAUGAGUCCUUGGAAAGGCUUGACAUGCCAGGAGAGUCCAAAAGAAAGAAGCAAACUAAAAAGACGCGCGGGUCGCCAGCAGACGAAAGGCGACAAUCAAUGGAGUUUUCUGAGGAAACCCGUGACGAUGCAAGGUCUGUCUCAGAGGGUGAAGAUGGUAGGUCUUCACCCCGACCCGAAUUCCCACCGCUUGGAUCUGAAUUAUCGGAAUCUAAAAAACAAACUAGUAGAGAUAGCGGUUUUGUAGGAAGCUGCGAUGAUCUUCUAAGAAACGGCGAUUCGAGUAAUGAAUUUACGCGAUCUCAUGAGCUUAAGACGGAAUUAGAAGAAAUUAUAGAAGAAAUAAGGCCCGAUUUAGAAGAACGCACAGAACGCCCUCCGACUUCCCGUCCACCGCCGAGCCCAUUAACACGUAAGGAUAGCUUUAACAAUUGGUCGUCUGACGAAGAAACCAAUCUUAUGAUGACGAAAAUGAGACAGUUUUUCAAGCAAAUGGUUAACUCCGCAAAUGUACGAACUUCUACACCCGCAUCGUCUAAUUCAGAAAGUCCGAGGCCACCAAAACCGCCCCAACUUUUAUAUUUUGAGAGCGAGUUAACAAGAUUAAUGAAAACAGUUCCGGGUAUCCGUGACGAAGAGGUGCGAGAGAUAGUAGAAUAUCUAUCAAGUGAAGACACUUGGAGCGACUCGUAUGACUCAUCGGAUUAUGCCGGGUCUGAUUUAGAGGGCACGGCAGCUACAAGGUCCGCUUUAAGAAAACAAAUAUCUGACAGCUGCCGUGAGAUUAUAGACGAAUUUGAUCGAGGCCAAGAUGCAGGGUCGUUGGAACGCGACGCAGUUGGUGCCUACCAAAAGUUGGCAGCGACAUUGGGCCGUGCUGGUGAAGGAUCACCUCCCUUAUUUGGCAAGGUUAUGCGGCAUAUAGGAGGCAGACUCGUGGCAUUGAUGCAUGAAGUAUCAGGUGGAGCGUCACCUAGUACAGAUGACGACAGUGCGUCAGAGCCGGGAGCGUUGGCACGUAGUCGAUCUCAUGAUAUAUUGGAAGCAACGGCUAGUAGAGGUAGUGUGGCGAGUGACUGUGAAAGAUUUUCAUGGCGAGGCAGUUUUGAGUCUGCCUUAUUAGCGGCUGAUUCACGUGGUACGUUAGGUGGGCCAGGGUGUGAGGCACGAAGAUCACCCGCAGGAGCUGAAUUAGCAGCCCAAAAGUCCCAUUCCAGAAGUUGUGGUGCCAUUGCAGGCAGUGAGGAUAGGCUGUGGCGUGGUCGACGACGGGCUUCCGCGCCUGAUGCCGAGUCAGAAGAAGAGGAACGAGCAGGAUCUCUUCCUCGUCUUCCAUCGAUCACUGGCACGAAUACAGUGCCACCAGGUCCCGUAAAGUCAGCACGGUAUCGUGCACCUGGAUUCCGUACGGCUACGAGAGCCGCCUCAGCCCCUGGCCUCCAUGUACCUAGGAGAAGAAGGGCUCCUCCUACACCACACCAGCCAGCACCAGCUGCACCAGCCUCUGCGCCGAGCUUGCAGGGUGAGUCAAUUUUAUAA